CCCAGAAAAAGGAACUCUAAUUUCACUUAUAAGAACAUGAAGGAGGUUAAGAAAUCUCCAAAACAGUUGGCUGCUUACAUAAAUAGAACAGUUGGACUAGCUGUGAAGAGCCCAGAUAAACUACGUAAGGCGAUCUAUUUCAGAAAGAAAGUUCAUCGUCCUCUCCCCAGUCCUUGUUACAGAAAGAAGCAGGCCCCUAGAAGUGGGGGCUGUGUCAUGGCAAAUAAAGAAAAUGAACUGGCUUGUGCAGGCCACCUACCUGACAAAUUACGCCAUGAUAGUCGAACAUAUUUGAUUAACUCCAGUGAUUCUGGGGCUUCACAGACAGAAGGCCCAUCAUCAAAAUAUAGUGGCUUUUUUUCUGAGAGAGCAACUCUUUUUUUUUGUUCCCACAGGAUAGAAGAUCUUGGGGUUGUGGUGGACUGCCUUCCUGUGCUCACCAAUAGUUUGCAGGAAGAAAAACAAUACAUCUCACUUGGCUGCUGUGUAGACUUGUUACCUCUAGUAAAGUCACUACUUAAGAGCAAAUUUGAAGAGUAUGUAAUAGUUGGUUUAAACUGGCUUCAAGCAGUUAUAAAAAGAUGGUGGUCAGAAUUAUCAUCCAAAACAGAAAUUAAAAAUGAUGGAAAUAUUCAGAUUUUAAAACAACAGUUAAGUGGGUUAUGGGAACAGGAAAACCAUCUGACUUUGGUUCCAGGAUAUACUGGUAAUAUAGCUAAGCUACUGGACCAUACCAUCUCAUAGAAGGCCUACCUCUCUCACCACCCCUCCACUUUACCAAGCAUGAUGUUUUCCUCCAGGGGCUGGUCGCGCUCCUGGCAAUAUCUCCAAAGCAUGUCAGAUGAAGUUUCACCAUCACUGUCCCUAAGGAGCACUCAGGCCGGACACCUUUCAAGACAGAUUUGUUUGUC